AUGGAUUCCAGAGUUGCUCAUCUAGAUUCACGUUCUCUUGAUGAUGAAUUACGCAAGACAUUCUGGAAGCAGCUUCAAUCUGUGUUUCCUGAUAGCAGAUUCGAGGAUGAAUUGAAAGUAGUGUUAGAUACUUUAAUCUUUGUAUGUGCUUCCAAGUAUAUUCCAAUGAAUGGUUCCACUUCCACAUACGGGUCAAGGUUAAGUGGUACACUGUUUAAGGCUAGAAGAAGAACGUUAUACCUGAUAACAAUACUGUCUGGAUAUGCAAGAAAGAAACUUUCUCAUCUUUUAUUUUCCACCAACGGCCAUGCAUUGAGCCAGAAAUGCUAUAGAGUUCUUAAAAUUCUUUAUGAUCUCUUUGAUUUCUAUAAUAUUUCCCUAUUUCUUUCGUCACCACAAGGGACAGGGAAGAAGUAUCUUUCGCCACUGCAUCGAAUUCUGAAUGUAAAAUCAGUUAGUGAUAUUACAAAUCCGUCGACAUAUUAUCAAGAGACAGCGAUGGGGGCAACAGAAUAUCAAAAUAGACAACUAUUGUGGAAUGCAAUUCUUGAACUAUUCAACAAUACAUUAUUAACGAGUAGCAGAUUUUACUUGACUAACGGCUCCAAAAAAAAAAAGGUUGUGAGAUCAGGUAAUAAAGAGGUAUGUCAUAAAUGCCAGAAUUUUCCUUGUAAUCCAUACCUAAUAUCAUGUUGUUAUAAUUACUACUGUUACAUAUGUUCGCUCAAGGUUUUAAAAAGAGGAGAAUGUCCAGUAUGCAAGGAAAGCUAUAAUCUGAAAUUUACACCUUCAUAUUAA